UAGUGGCGCCAUCUUGCCUUGGCUCUCGCUGCCCUCCUGGAGCUCAUCUUUAAUCCUAGAAUCUAAAGUCCGGGUUGAUUGGCGGUCUUCUGGACAGCAUGUGGGUAGUUUUAAGCCACUCGGCGGCGGAUGAAAAAUCCCAGCGUGGCGGCACUGGGCGGGGAUUGAACUCGCGUCAUACUGAACGCGGCACUAUCAUGCUAUCCAUUCAGCCACCGCCUCCCCUAAUAUCGAAACUCAUUUAUAGUUAUCGAUAACCCGUCCGCUGUGAUUGGCACGGAUUUGGCUUUCACUGGUAGCCUGGUAACAUACACUCCCAGGUCUUUCUCUGCCUCUGUGGUGGAUAGUGGAGUGUUUCCCAUGUGGUAUUGGUGUGCUGGAUAUCCCUUCACUGGUAGCCUGGUAACAUACACUCCCAGGUCUUUCUCUGCCUCUGUGGUGGGUAGUGGAGUGUUUCCCAUGUGGUAUUGGUGUGCUGGAUAUCCCUUCACUGGUAGCCUGGUAACAUACACUCCCAGAUCUUUCUCUGCCUCUGUGGUGGAUAGUGGAGUGUUUCCCAUGUGGUAUUGGUGUGCUGGAUAUCCCUUCACUGGUAGCCUGGUAACAUACACUCCCAGAUCUUUCUCUGCCUCUGUGGUGGAUAGUGGAGUGUUUCCCAUGUGGUAUUGGUGUGCUGGAUAUCCCUUCACUGGUAGCCUGGUAACAUACACUCCCAGGUCUUUCUCUGCCUCUGUGGUGGAUAGUGGAGUGUUUCCCAUGUGGUAUUGGUGUGCUGGAUAUCCCUUCACUGGUAGCCUGGUAACAUACACUCCCAGGUCUUUCUCUGCCUCUGUGGUGGAUAGUGGAGUGUUUCCCAUGUGGUAUUGGUGUGCUGGAUAUCCCUUCACUGGUAGCCUGGUAACAUACACUCCCAGGUCUUUCUCUGCCUCUGUGGUGGAUAGUGGAGUGUUUCCCAUGUGGUAUUGGUGUGCUGGAUAUCCCUUCACUGGUAGCCUGGUAACAUACACUCCCAGGUCUUUCUGUGCCUCUGUGGUGGAUAGUGGAGUGUUUCCCAUGUGGUAUUGGUGUGCUGGAUAUCCCUUCACUGGUAGCCUGGUAACAUACACUCCCAGGCCUUUCUCUGCCUCUGUGGUGGAUAGUGGAGUGUUUCCCAUGUGGUAUUGGUGUGCUGGAUAUCCCUUCACUGGUAGCCUGGUAACAUACACUCCCAGGUCUUUCUCUGCCUCUGUGGUGGAUAGUGGAGUGUUUCCCAUGUGGUAUUGGUGUGCUGGAUAUCCCUCCCAAGGUCCCUUUAUACUUUUCUUCACUGAAUUGUAGCAGCCACUUUUUGAUCCAUUCCUGUAGCUUGGUGAUGUGUUCUUGUAGGAAGUCCGCAGUCAAGGGGUUAAAAUAGUUAGAUCCUGAUGUUCCUCGGCAAUAGUUAGGCGUCGGAAACAGGUAAAUACUAUGCUCUGAGUACGACAACCUGGCAACGGUGACUGACUGGCUCCUGAGACUGCCCGCCCGCCCGCCAUGCCACCCGUCAACCGAAUAGUUUAGUUAGUUUCUCGGCCUGUUGUGUGGUUAGGUGCGUCGUGGUGGUGUGUUUGCGAGUCUGUCUGCACCGUUUCUGUCCGCUCGGCACGGAUGGACGUGAACGCGAUCCUCGGUUGAAUGGGAUUGAAUACGUAACGUGAAUUCUCAAUCCUUUUUAUCACAAUCACUUUUUUGUUGUUUUAGGAGCAGUCAUUUUCCGUGUGGUUUUUGAUAUUAAAUAAGAGGAAAGUUUGUGAGAUUCCGAACCCACGAAAUAGUCAACCAGAAGGGAUCGGAUGUUGCAAGCUGGCCUAAACAACAGCGCAAAAGUUAGACGGAAAAAAGUGCGUUAAAAGUGUGUCUAGAAUCAAGUAUCACAGUCUAUAUAAAUUAAGCAUCACAGAAAAUGCAGGAUGCCAGAUUAAAGAAAACGUUUUGAUGGGUAACUAUGAAGGAAGAGCUUGAAUCAAAUAUCAUAGUCUGUGUUAAAAGAGCAUCUAGAAUCAAGUAUCACAGUCUAUAUAAAUUAAGCAUCAUAGAAAACGCAGCUUCCCAGAUUAAAGAAAAACAUUUUGAUGGGUAACUAUGAAGGAUGAGCUUGAAUCAAAUAUCACAGUCUGCCUUAAAAGUGUCUAGAAUCAAGUAUCACAGUCUAUAUAAAUUAAGCAUCACAGAAAACGCAGCAUGCCAGAUUAAAGAAAACGUUUUGAUGGGGAACUAUGAAGGAAGAGCUUGAAUCAAAUAUCAUAGUCUGUGUUAAAAGAGCAUCUAGAAUCAAGUAUCACAGUCUAUAUAAGUUAAGCAUCACAGAAAACGCAGCAUGCCAUAUUAAAGAAAACGUUUUGAUGGGUAACUAUGAAGGAAGAGCUUGAAUCAAAUAUCACAGUCUGCCUUAAAAGUGUCUAGAAUCAAGUAUCACAGUAUAUAUAAAUUAAGCAUCACA